CUGGAGCAAGAGCGGAAUCAACAUCCAGACCGGCGACCGCGUCCGUCAGCUGGACAACGGCUCGCUGGCCAUCUACGGCACGGCGAGUGAAGAUGCAGGCGACUGCAUGUGUGUGGCAGCGAAUGAGGCUGGCGUGGUGGAGAGGAGCGUCGCCCUGACCGUGCACAGUGCUCCGGCCAUCACGGCGGAGCCGACGGUGGCGGUGGACGCCGGCGGCACGGUCGUGCUCGACUGUCGGGCGGAGGGGGAGCCCACGCCCACGAUGGAGUGGUCCCGGAAGGGAGGGCGCCGCCUGCUGGGCGACGACCGCUUCUCCCCGCUGUCCAACGGCUCGCUGCGAGUCAGCAGCGCCCAGAAGGAGGACACGGCCCAGUAUGAAUGCCUGGCCAGAAACCUGCUGGGGUCAGCGAGGGCCAGGGUCACGCUGACCGUGAGAGGUGGCCGGCGAUGUGUAUUCAUGGCGACAAGAGCCAGCCAGAGAGGGACUGGGUGCUAUCGGAGUUCCGCAGCGGCAAAGCUCCCAUCCUCAUCGCCACGGACGUGGCCUCGCGGGGUUUGGUCUCUUCUCCGGCAACUAGAAGCCCGCGGGCCCUCGGGAGCCUGCAGCCGGACCUAGGCAUGACAAAAUGAAAGCUGACUCUGGGGGAGAGACGGCCUGAUUAAUCCGUCCCAGAGCAGCCGUCUCCGCUGAAAACCGAGAGCAGAGCCACAAACACAACCCCCCCCCCCUCCAGGACACUGGCUGCCUGGGCGUC